AUGCAACUUCAACAAAGCAACAGCAUUACGCGGCUUAAAACCCCUGACUCGACAACGUUUUUAGACUCGGUAUCUCCCGACAGUCGUAGCAAUCGAGCAACGCCCAUACCCGAACAACCAUCAACACGUCGCAACCGUCGUCUAGAUUAUGCUUGUUGCAAACGCUACCUUGCCGGCCUCGCCAUUCGCUUCGGUACUGUCAUCGCCGUCAUUGCCAUUCUCCUCGCGAUCGGUCUCGGGCUACGAUACACCGACGACAUGCCGCAGGCCGAAGAUUUCAAAGACCUGCAGUUCAGUUGGCGGGUCGACCCAAGGUCUUAUCUGACGCCUUUCAACACAUCGUUUGGACAGUACAGCGUUUUGCUCGACGGUCAUUCGCAUUCGACGUACAGCGAUGGUAAAAUGAGUGUCCGGCAGCUACUGGACUGGCAUAUCGGUAUGUAUAGACACCGUUCAAUCAAAAGUGAUCACAAUACUGUCCAAGGAGGACUGGCAGCUGAGCAAUUGGCUUUGCAAGACGAAUACUAUAGAGACAACAUUGUCGUUAUUCCAGGCAUUGAAUAUACGUGUUGUCGUAUUCACAUGAAUCUCAUCAACAUCAAUGAGUCGAUACCCGUCGGGCCCCCGAACCCUAGUGACGAGGAGCUCCAGCAAGUUAUAAAUCGUGUGCAUGAACUAGGCGGUCUUGUUAUAGUCAACCACAUCCCAUGGAGCAACACAACUGAGGCAUACUACGAAGAAGCCCGAUUACCGAACCAUCCGUCUGUUGAAAGUCUGAUCGAAUGGGGUGUUGAUGGGUUUGAAGUCGUGCAUGAAUCCACGUUUGAUUAUGCAACUUAUAUCGCAGCCGCUCAAAACAACCUUAUUCAAAUGGUCGGUACAGAUGUCCACCACCCCUCUGUAGCAGCAAAUGCAUGGCUAGCCGUUCAGGCAGCUGAGUUUACGAAGCAAGGGGUGAUAGAUGCCAUCCGUGCACGCCGUACAAGUUUUUUGAUGGAUCCAGCAGGGACUCGACCACGCGAUUACCCUGGCCGAACAGCCAAAUAUGACACACUGCUCCCGCUUUCUGCUCUUGGCACGUACUUUAGCAUGUUCUACACCGAUUACAAGGGCAUGUACAGUUUCCAAGGUACCUUUUGCCAUCCACAACGAGUCGAAAUCCACAAUAGCGUGAUUGGGUGGUUUAAUUUUUGGUUCCUCAUCUUCAUGCUGGUCUACGAGCUUGUACGAGGAGCCGUAAUUUUUGUCACGCAUCGAAUAAAAAGACGAGGCGUAUUGUAA